AUGGCUCCCUCAUGGGUUGAAAAGUUCAUUGUCCGUGACACCACGACACCAGAUUCACAAAUGCCCCCUCCAGAACAUGCUCUCAAACUUGAGUAUUGUGUACAUGCUGAACACGAGAGAACCCUCACUGUGGUUGGAGAUCAAUUAACCCGAUAUGUCAUCAAGCGCAUUGCGAAGCUGGGAGGCGCCUGGGGAGAUGUAUGUCAUAUUUACUCACCUGCCGACGGAGGUCGUGAGGUCGGUUCCCUUGAUUUCCGCUCCAUACCGCCCAGUAUCGAGAUCGUACUCGCUAGAGACGGCCGCAAACGCAAGAUUAAAACCCCCCCGGCCGUACGAGAAUACGAGGCCUUGAGUGGUGUCGGCCCCCUACAUUGGAAACCUAUAGGCAUGGAGCCUUAUGGCAGCGCUUCAUGGGAGCUGCGGAGCUCAACAGAUCUUAUCCUGCAAGCAUCAAUGGAAAUCAGACCCGGGGUUAUAUCAGUCUAUUUAAGAAGGGCUUGGAAGAAGUGGUAA